AUGUGGGACUGGAAUCGAAAUAAAGGCUUCACUCUAAACCCUUUGUGCUUAGAGCUCUGGAAAAGAAUUCAUUUUCAGAAAGAUAUCAUCUGUACUGAAAGUGAUACUGAGAUGGAUGAUGAUAUGGAGUGGACUUCAACUGUCUGGGAUUAUGCACGAGGAUUGCACCUGUCAGUGGCAGGGCAGUCUGCUUUACUGAUUCUUGUGCUGGUCAUUUGGUCUCUCUGGAAAUACAAAAGGGCAAGUCUAGAAAUCUACAACACUGAUGGGAUACUGACAUUUCAUCAUUACAAGACCAGCGCAAGCCCUGAAACCAUCGACUUGGACCCGAAACGAUAUCCUCGAACCGAACCUCUGAAAGACUUUCAUCUAGCUUCAUCAGAGACACCUGCGUUUCGGCCAUUUAAACCAAAAUAUCAUUUGACAAUGGGCCUGGAGUCCUUAGAUCCAAGUGACCUUUUGAUAUUCGAUAGAACCUACACAGAGCGCAUCGCCCUUCGACGCUCCCUGCUUCAAAAAUACCCAGAUGAGAUUGUCGGAGUCACCAACCCCGAGAAUGCACGUAUUCAACUGGCGGUACGGGAACUGUACGGCUAUCUAUUCGAAAUAUACCUCCCCUCACGAUAUCCCACGAUAUUCAAGACCUGCUAUGAUCAGCAUGGCUCCACCAGUGUCGAGAACCUCAUAACGCACAAGAUCAUGUCAACAGGCAAAGAAAAACCAAAAUCCCUGCAUACUAUGCUACAAAUAAUUGCAGAGAAUAUCGAUGAAGACUUCUUCAUACUUUUGCCCCAUCAUCAAAGCAACCCAGAUGAGACUUAUUAUCACCUGGAAGCAUAUUCAGCUUGCUUUCCGUCUGGAUUCAAGCCUCGGGAUAAAAUGGGCAAGAGUCUAGCAGGGAUCCAUGGUCCAGUCCCAGGAUACAAGGAAAAGCUGCAGAAGAGUAUGGACCGAUUCUUCUCACGGCUUGAGGCCGGAAAAUGUGUGAAACGGGUAAACUGGAGUGUCACUGUCGAUGAAGAGCUCUUUUCCAACUUUGAUAAAAGCAGCCCAGCAAUGGAGGGGAAGCUGGAUCGUCUAGAUGUCCAAGACUUGGACUUGGAUAAGACGUUCCUGCGGUGCGAGCGGCAAACCCUUCAUCGUCUUCCCACUUCCGGUGCGAUAGUCUUUGCUUUUCACACAUACCUUGAUCGGAUUGAGGAUAUAAAGAAAGAAGGGAGUGGAGAGGAUCUUGCUUUGGCGAUUGAUGGAUUAGAGGAAGGAAGCGUACCGGACAUGUUCAAAUAUAAGAAUGGCGAGAAAUGGGCGGGAGCCAUAAGGGAAUUUCUGAGACAGUAG